CAACGCCACGGGCUUAUUACCGAGCCCCCCUUCCGCAGUGGAGCGCGACACAGGCGACCGACAUCGGUUAUGGAGUUAUGGAGGCCGCGGAGCGGAGUACCGAUAGCCCGACGAACUGCGCCACCGCGAUCCUCGCGUGCCUCGCGCUCUCGAUCGUGUACGUGGCGAGCCUGUAUGUCUGGAGUUCGCCGCACAACAGAGAGCACCCGUCGACCAUAAAGAAACGAUUUUUUAGCGUAUUUAUCAUGACCCUCGUUUCACCAGCAUCCCUAUAUUUUGGACUGAAUGAGAAAAUAUUUCAAAAGGCAACGAUCUGGGAGAUGCUGGGCCUUCGGUGGACGGGUCUGAUACAGGCGACUGUGAUAUCGUUACUCCUGACCAUGAUCCUGUUCCUAGGUCCCCUGAGUCUGCAAGGAUUCAAUGGGCUGUGGCGACUGUACACCGAGCCCAUGUAUUGGCUGGGAAGCAUACAGACUCUAACUUGGUGGAGAAAUCUGGUGGUUGCUCCGCUGUCCGAGGAGUGGACCUUCAGGGCUUGCAUGUUGCCGCUGCUCCUGCAGUGCUUCACACCGACUACUGCCAUAUUCGUUUGCCCCCUGUUCUUCGGGGUGGCUCACUUCCAUCACGUGGUGGAGAGGGUAAAGAUGGGAAUGAGCAUCAAGCACGCGUUGUUUAUAUCCUGUUUUCAGUCCACGUACACGACGUUAUUUGGAGCGUACGCGGCCUUCCUCUUUGCGAGAACAGGACACUUCAUCGCACCCUUUGCCGCGCAUUCAUUUUGCAAUCACAUGGGAUUUCCUGACCUGUCUGAGAUAGGGGCGUACAAGGAUCCACUGAAGAGAGCCGGACUGAUGUGUCUGUUUGUGAUUGGCUUGGUCGCCUGGUGUUACUUGUUGAUGCCGCUGACUCAUCCAUCGUUGUUUAAUAAUAAUUUAUUCUGGACUAAACAAUUUAUAUGAGACGCGCCCGAUCUCUAACAAAUAUUAGGAUAUAACAAAUACUAGGGUUAAAUGUUUUUACGCAGAAUUUACCGCAAUUUGCUCCACCGAUCUCCGUCGGUUUACAUUGUUGUGAGAUAUUUUGUAUUUUAUGUCUAACAGAGUACAAUACUACUUGUCUGUCGACGAACGUCGGCGGGAUUACUUCCGACUAAUUUUAAUUAUAUAUAUAUAUAUAUUCGAUAGCAGUGUGUAUCUAUAACUUAACUGAUCGUGCAGCUCGGCAUUGUUACAAAGUAUUAUCACCGUAGUGCCUGAAAAUUAGACUUUUACAGUGACGAUCACAGGUGAGUGUCACAACAACUAUUAGAUGAACUUGUUCGCAAAACCGAAAUGCGAAGGAUCUAGCUCUAAUUUAUCAUUUACGACGAUUGCCGCAUACAUUUGUAUAUGCCGCAACAUUACAUUAUUUCGCGAAUCACGAUCCGUUAAACGUUAUCGAUAUUUUCAGACAGAAAGAGAUUUUUGUAAACAAAAAAAAAUUGUAAUAUAGAUUAUGUAUAGAGUUAAUGUAACCUACUGAGAGAAAAUUUCUAAAAACGAUCUUUCUAAUCGUCUACUUUUAUAACAGUCUGUAUGUAUAGUGUAUAUAACGAUGUUCAUGUGUACAGUGGCAGUGGAUAAAUAAUAUUCACGAAAAGCGGUACACAUCGCCAUACACAUAAUGGUUUAUUUAAAUCACAGAAGUAGCGCGGUUUGACGCAACAAUAUUACUAUACGUUUUUUUAUAUAUGUAUAUGUACAUCGACGAACGCGUAUACAUUAUAUAUGCAGUGAGGCUACAUAUAUAGGUAUUUAUGUAUACAAUGACAGUACAAUUUGAUCUUCGAAUGUGUGUAAUCCUUACAUCGUUAAUUGCAUACGUAAUGUAUGCCAUUCUUUAAUCGAGACACAAGUGGUAAAAUCAAUUACUUAAUAAUAAUAUUCAGGGCAUAAAACGUCGAUACAACGUUGAAAUAAUGUUAAGUGCUUUACAGUCGAAGUAAAAAAAAAUCGCUAGAAAUCGAUAUAACGAUUGGUCACAUUGAUUUACAAUAUAAAUGUAUUAGAAUUAAAAAAUUUCAAAUAUUUGAUCUUGUUUUAAUGCGAGACGUUUUAACGCAUGUGUGUGACAAAUAACAUGAUUCCAUAUAUGAUCAUCUCGUAUUUGAUUCAUUUUGUAACAUUCAUACAGAAUAUAUAACUGAGUAUAUAUAUAUACACAAUAUGUAAACAAAAACGUUUAACUUAUUAUUAUCUAUCAGUUCAUGAUUUUGUCGAAUAUAUCUAUUCCUCCCUUUACCCUAUUGAACGAGACAUAUAAAGUUCACAUAGAAUAUCAUUAAAAUCGAUCUCUCUUAAGAAAAUUCGAUAGCUAUUUUGGAGUAAAACAAAUAACAAUAAAUAGUAAAAAAAAA